AUGGAGGAUGGUCCAAUAAUUCCACGAUGAUUCUUCUUUCGGGGUUGAUUUUUCGAAGCUCGGUGAUGACUUUUGGCAAACAAAUGGUAUUAUACCAAUCCGCAGUAACAGUCUUUUACUCACCAAGAUGACGCAAUAUGACCCGCUUUUGACACAAAUGUCGCGACCAUCUUUUUCGAAACACUUCGAGAAUUGAUGACUUUUGUUGGCUUUUCUUCACCUUGGAACACCCAAACAGCCCACUGUCGUUUAUUUUCUGGUUCCUAACAAUAAACCCACGAUUCAUCACCACUAACAAUGCUG